CCUCGUGUUCUUUCAUUUGUCGAUGUGAAUAUAAUCUUCCAUCUCUAAACGCACACUUCCCGUGGCUCUCUCCUCCUCUGCAACUCUCUCUCUCUCUCUCUUCCGCCUCCGCCUCCGCCUCCCCCCACCACCCAUGGCGGCGACGCCCCACUUCCUGUCCUCAUUCAGGUACGGCGACGCCCUCACCGUCGUCGGGAUCUCCGUCUGCACGGCCCUGGUCUGCGAGGCCAUCUCGUGGGUCCUCAUCUACCGCACCGCCUCCUACAAGACCCUCCGCUCCUCCAUCGACAAGGCCUCCAAGAAGCUCGAGUCCAUGAAAGCCACCACCUCCGCCUCCUCCUCCUCCUCCUCCUCCGCCGCCGCCUCCUCCUCCUCCGCCGCCGCCCUCCUCAGGAGGCCCGCCAAGUCCAAGAAGAUGGACCGCGUCGAGUCCAGCCUCAAGGAGUCCUCCCGCGACCUCUCCCUCUUCAAGUUCAAGUCCGGCGCCGUCGUCGCCCUCGUCCUCGUCGUCGUCUUCGCCCUCCUCAACUCCCUCUUCGAGGGCAAGGCCGUCGCCAAGCUCCCCUUCACCCCCUUCGGCCUCGUCAUGAAGAUGAGCCACCGCGGCCUCCAGGGCAGCGACGCCACCGAUUGCUCCAUGGCUUUCCUCUAUUUCCUCUGCUCCAUCAGCAUCCGCACGAAUCUGCAGAAGUUCCUGGGGUUCUCGCCGCCCCGGGGCGCCAGCGGCGGGCUCUUCCCCAUGCCGGAUCCGAAGAUGAAUUGAUCGAUCGGGCUCGGUCUCCGCCUCGGUAUUCUCACGCGAAACUUGUUUGACUCGAGGUCAUAGAAGUACUUUCUCUUGAUUGUUGUAAGUUAGAUUUAUGUGAUAUGAUGGGAUUCUCCAGUGAGAACGGAAGUAGGCUGAUUGGGAUUUGGGAUUGCUCGAGAUCGCCAAAGUGCCAGACUUGAUUUGAUCAAUCUAAUUCGUGUAGCUACGAUUCCCUCGUUUUGUUGAA